GUUGCGAUGACAUUGGAGCGCUACAUUGUAGUUAAAUAUCCACUUAAAGCAGCUGGUUGGGUUACAAAAACACGUACCAAAAGAAUCAUAUUUGCUGUUGGUGUAUUUUCCUCCCUGAUCAAUAUUCCUCAAGGAACUCUCAAAACAACAUUUCAUUUGAUACAUGCAGUUAUUGAUAAUAUGAUGUACAUUAACCAUGCUUUAAAUUUUAUCUUGUAUGUUGUCAGUGGUAAGAAGUUUCGAAAAGAACUAAAGACAAUUUUCCUCAACAAGAUAUUAUCUGUAGUAGAUAAUGCUUUAGCUUGA